GGGUCGCUGUGGCGCUGGGCGGCCGAGCGAUGGCGGACUACGAGGCGGUGCAGCGCGGGCCGCUGCGGCUGAAGGGCGGCGGAGCGGGGCUGGGGGCCGGCAAACGGAAGAAGAAGAAAGCGAAGGACAAGGCCAAGAUCCUGGAGCAGAUCGUGAGCAGCAAGAAGCAGGAAGAGGAGAAGAAGCGCGGCCUGGAUAAGCGGACCCCGGCGCAAGUGGCCUACGAGAAGAUGCAGGAGAAGCGGCAAAUGGAGAGGAUCCUGAAGAAGGCCUCGAAAACACACAAACAGAGAGUUGAGGAUUUCAACAGGCACCUGGACACUCUGACGGAGCACUACGACAUCCCCAAAGUCAGCUGGACCAAGUGAACGGGCGGCGUUUCGGGGCCUCGGGUCAGGAGUUGUGCUCACACCAAACAGGGCUGCCGUGUAAACCUCCGUAUUCAUGAUACUGAAUAUUUCAUAUGUCUUCGGAACAUUUAUCACCUUGUACUGCCGUAUUUCAGUUUCAAAAUACUCAACAAAACCUCUUCUUUGGCUGUUGACUUAUGGGGUGUUUUUCAGUGCUCAAAGCUGAACCCAAUUGCUGUGAGACAACAGGAGAAUGUUCCUUUAUUUGUCCUAUGCCAGCAGCUCUUAGAAGAAGCAGUCUGUGGCAGCAUUACAUUGUAUGAGCUGCUCUUAUCAGUGGCAGAACUGUGUAAUUCCUAUAUAAAAUCUCUGAGUUGGGGCAGUGGUGUCUGCUGUAUUCUACAAUCCUUAUGUCUUUACUGUAACUUAUUAAAAAGCUCCUUUUAUCCAUUA